UAGGGAGUGAGUGGGCGGAGCUAAGUGUCUCGGGAGAUAAAGACUGGGGAUUGGGAACCGAGUUGCUUUCACUUUCCUUUCCUGAACGAAGUUGUUAAUGAGAAAUCCCGGAGCCAUUCAGCCUGUGUCACUACUUCCAUGAUAUUGGGCUGGAGCUCAGCCGGGCUCUUGUGUCGGCUCAUGAGCCAAAGGCCAGCUGUAAGGCGGCAGAUAGACAUAAUAAUAUCCAGUGCUUAUUAUAGACACAUCAUGGGCCCUUCUCACAGCCCGGGCAGGUCAGAAUGGGAGCACAGGAUAUUUGCAGUGGACGCCGACCCCAGCCUGGGCUACCAUGAGUCUUUCUAUUUCACAGCACUGGCCAAUAAGGAUGGAGUUUCUUCUCCUGCCACUUCCAAUGAGUGGCCAAUGCUGACACAGGGGGUCACUGCCCUCUCAGUGUGUGUUACUGACCCCCACCCAGUUAGUGCUGCCAGACUGCAUAGAUCCCUGGGGCAACAACUUGCCCAAAUAUUGUCUGGCACACACCACGUGCUGAAGCUCCUCUCCUACCUCCCCCAGGACCCCCAUCAUUCCCUGCUCAGGGGCUUCUUCAUCUGUGACCCCCAGAACUGCAACAACACUUGGCACAAGCUCAAGCACCUGCUCUGCGAGCACAGGCAGCACAUCACUUCUUUCACUCACCGACAGGAGCCUCGGGGGGAGAUCUGGCAAAAUGUAUUGGAACUGAACGGAGGGGAACAAGAGACGGGGGGACGGUGGCCACUAGUGAGAGUGGGGGAGCCGCAGCCAUCGCCAUUUGCGCUCAAUAUCCUGCACUCUGCUGUGUUCUACUCACUGAGUAGUGCCCGCUCUGUCUUACUACAGUGUUCUGAGUGGAUCCCAGAAGCCACACGGAUUGUAGAACUUCUGGAUAAGUGUGACACCGGCACUAAGAAAGGGCAUUUUCCUGUUAUUGUUAUUGAGGGACUCGACGCCACAGGGAAAAGCACACUCACAGAGUCCCUGAAGGACUGCCUUAAGGCAACAUUACUCAGGUCACCACCUGACUGCAUUAGCAAGUGGCGGAAAACAUUUGAUGAUGAGCCGUCACUUAUAAAAAGAGCAUAUUAUGCCGCGGGCAACUACGUCGGAGCCUGUGAAAUAGCCAAGGCAUCGAUGGAUUCUCCGGUCAUUGUGGACAGGUAUUGGCACAGCACAGCGGCAUAUGCCAUAGCUACAGAAAUAGGCGGAAGCAUUCACAGCCUCCCCCCAUGCCAUCAUGACGUUUAUCAGUGGCCGCGGGAUCUAUUAAGACCCGAUCUUGUCAUUCUGCUGACUGUCAGCGACGAGGAGAGAAUGCGACGCAUGCACGGGCGUGGACUGGAAGAAACCAAAGAAGAAAAGGAGUUGGAAUCUAAUACCAUGUUCCGGCAAAAGGUGGAGGAGGCAUAUAAGAGAAUAGAAAACCCCCGGUGUGUGAUCAUCGACGCCAGCCCUACAAAGGAAACCGUUUUAAAGGAAACAUUAAAUGUAAUAAGGAAACACUGUGCCAUCUAGCUUGGCCUUCAGUUAGCUUGCCUUUGGAUAAAUGCAUAUAUUGUAAAGAUGACCUCAGAUUUUUCUUUAACCAAAUACAUUUUUCUCCAUGUUAAA